AUGGAUCGCGAUCAGUUCAAGACUGCCGCGCACUCGGCCAUUGACGAUAUCAUCAAUUACUUUGACAGUGUCCCCGAACGCCGAGUCCUGCCCGCGGUCGAGCCUGGGUACCUCCGCCCUCUCAUCCCAGAGGACCCUCCCGAUGAGCCUGAGACCUGGAAUCAGAUCCAGGAAGAUGUUGACACUAAGAUCAAGCCCGGCGUGACUCAUUGGCAGUCUCCUAACUUCAUGGCAUACUUCCCCGCCUGCGUCACAUAUCCCAGUCUUCUGGGCGAGAUGUAUUCCGCCGCAUUCACUGCUCCUGCAUUCAACUGGCUAUGUUCACCAGCAUGCACGGAAAUGGAGACCAUCGUGAUGGACUGGGUCGCGAAAGCUCUCGCAUUGCCCGAGUGUUUUCUAAGCACGUCCAAGAACCACGGCGGCGGCGUAAUUCAGAAUAGUGCGAGCGAUGCAAUUGCGACUAUCAUUGUUGCCGCACGUGAGAGGCGAGUACGUGAGGUAGUUCUUGCCGAAGGUCUAAAGGAGGGUACCCCAGAGUACGAGGACCGAAGGUUCGAGGUCCAGGGCAAAAUGGUUGCCAUUGCUAGUGACCAAACCCACAGCAGUGGUGCUAAGGGUGCGUUGAUUGCGGGUACCCGGUUCCGCAGUGUGACUGCGCGGCUGGAAGACAAUAUGGAAAUGACUGGUCCUCGUCUUCGCGAGGUUCUUGAGAAGUGUGACAAGGACGGACUUAUUCCGUACCACCUUACCAUGACCCUUGGCACGACGAACACCUGCAGUGUGGACCGAUUUGCAGAGAUCAAGGCUGUCCUACAAGAAAAGCCCGCGUGGCAGCGCAUCUGGGUGCAUGUUGAUGCUGCAUACGCUGGUGCCGCCCUCGUUGCAGACGAGUGGCAGUAUAUCACGAAGAACUUUGCAGAGGGUGUUGACAGCUUCAAUAUGAACAUGCAUAAGUGGUUGCUAGUCAACUUCGAUGCCAGCGUUCUCUUCGUCCGGAAUCGAUUGGAUCUGACCAAUGCCAUGGAUAUUACACCUACAUACUUGCGCAACCCAUAUUCAGAUAUGGGAACUGUGAUUGACUACCGUAACUGGUCUAUUUCCCUCGGCCGCAGAUUCCGCGCCCUGAAAAUCUGGUUUGUGAUGCGGAGCUAUGGUCUCAACGGUCUGAAAGCGCACAUUCGCAAGGGUGUCGAGCUUGGAGAUCUUUUCGCGGGAUUGGUGCGCGGCCGAUCUGAUCUCUUUGAGAUUGUGACGAAGCCAAGCUUUGGCUUGACAGUAUUCCGUGUCAAGAACCCCCAGAAAGUCUCUAGCGAAUCCACUGGAACAUCUGAUCGUGUGGCUAAAGAUGAAGUCGCUGAUAGUCUGAGCAAAAAGGUCUCUGAGUUGGUCAAUGCGCGGGGCGAGAUCUUCAUCACUGCUACGGUCGUUGAUGGUGUACAAGUCAUCCGCGUGGUGAGUGCCAACGCUCUGGCCGAAGAGAAGUAUGUCCGCAAUGCCUUUGAGAUUAUUGUCCGGACAACGGAGGAGGUUCUACGGGAGCACAAAUAG